UAAACAGCAGGUUUAACACAGAUCACUUCAGCUGGACGUCCAGCAGCACAUCCUGAGGUCUGCUGUGAGAUAACUGUCCAAAAAACAAGGAAAGAUGAAGGUGGAGUCCGUGUCUCUUCUUCUGCUCACCUAUCUUACAAUAGGAACUGCUAACCGCGUGUACAUCCAUCCCUUCUCCCUCUUCGGCUCUGGUGACAUCAGCUGCGAGGUGGUUCAACCCAAGCAGACGCCGCCUCUCGAGACCAUUCCCUCACUACCCACCAUCCAAGAGAGCACAGAACCGGACCCUCAUCCCGAAAUAGAGGAACUGAAGAACAUCACACAGCGGACCGCCGUGCUGGCCGAACUGCAGAACUCCCUGGGUCUGCGCAUGUACCAGACGCUCAGCCGUAAGCAGGCCGACGCCAACGUGCUUCUCUCUCCCUUUAACGCGUUUGGAACCCUGGUCACUUUGUACCUGGGAACCUCCGAGAAAACGGCAGUGUCCUACCAGCAGCUGCUGGGACUGAACUGGGAGACGGAGCGGCCCGGCUGCGUCUACCUCAUAGACGGACACACCGUGCUGCGCACGCUCCAGGCCAUCAACUCCCUCACAGACGGACCCCGGGACGAGCUUAAGACCCUCGUCUGGUCCUUCGUGAACGGCGACGCUGACCUGUCCAAAGACUUCGUGAGAGGAAUGAAGGAUUUUUCGGACGCCUCCUUCGUCCGUGCGGUGAACUUCUCUCAGCCUAAAGAGGCCGAAGAGCAGGUCAACGGCUUCAUCCAGAAGACGUCGGGGAGCAAGGUGGAGAACAUCUUCACAGACGUCAGCCAGUCGACGAACCUGCUGUUCGCAAGCUCUGUACACUACAAAGGAAACUGGAGAACAGCCUUCCAGCCGGAGCAGACCACGCUACAGGAUUUUAGGAUCGAUGAGAAGUCGACGGUGAAGGUACCGCUCAUGACGCACGCCGGCGACUACAUGCACCUCAGCGACCCCGGCAGGAAGUGCAGCGUGGUCAAACUGGGCCUCAGCAAGAGGACCUACAUGCUCCUGGUGCUGCCUCACGAAGGGGUCAGACUGCAGGACAUCGAAAAUCAACUCCUGACUGAAGUCUUAUCUACAUGGAACAGACAUCUGAAGAAGAGGUACCUGGAAUUGUCCCUGCCUAAAUUCUCGAUGACCGCAGUGACUGACCUGAGAUCUCUGUUAUCCGACAUGGCUGUCGAGAAAUACCUGCUGGGCUCAGACGCCAGCUUCGAGAGGCUCAGCACCAAGAAGAAUUUCACUGUCGACAAGGUGAUCAACAAGGUUCAGUUCGAGAUGUCUGAGGCAGGAGCAGAAGUUCAGAACCAGACUCGGGACGACAGAGAUCCUCUCAAGGUCACGGUGAACCGACCUUUUCUGUUCGCCAUCGUGGAGGGAAACUCCAACACCAUCCUGAUGCUGGGGAAGAUCCUAAACCCGGCGGUGUAAAGAACAGCAGAGCCGCCGUAGAGCCGAAUUCUAAUGCAUACGUGUGUGUGUGUGUAAGGCUAGUUUCUCUUCAUCUCACUGCAGUAUAAAGCUUCUAUAGUGUAAGUAAUGGGACAAGAAAAUUUUCUUUAGUAUUGUAACAUUAAAAAAAAUCAGAAACA